AUGCGACCUCUCACUGACGACGAGUCCCGCGCCGUCUUUGAAAAACUCGCCAACUACAUCGGCAAAAACCUGAUCCACCUGAUUGACCGUCCGGACGGCGCAUAUUGCUUCAGACUGCAAAAGGACAGAGUCUACUAUGUGUCUGAAGAGUCUAUGCGACUCGCAAUCAGUGUCGCUCGACCAAAUCUCGUCUCCCUUGGAACCUGUUUCGGCAAAUUCAGCAAAUCUGGGAAGUUCAAGCUACAUAUCACAGCGCUGGAUCACAUUUCACAGUAUGCCAAGUACAAAAUUUGGAUCAAACCCAACGGCGAAAUGCCUUUCCUAUAUGGCAACCACGUCCUCAAAGCCCAUCUUGGCCGCAUCACAGAAGAUACACCAGAGCAUCAGGGAGUGGUCGUUUAUAGCAUGAAUGAUAUGCCCUUGGGCUUUGGUGUAACAGCACGGGCGACGGUUGACACUCGCAAACUAGAUCCUACCUCCAUAAUUGUCUUCCACCAGGCCGAUGUGGGCGAGUAUCUUAGAGACGAAGAGACGCUCUUCUAA